AUGCCAAUAAGUGAAUACCCCUCAAAUGACCCUUGUGAAAGUCGAGAAGACAAUGUUCCGAAAUUGGAAAGGUGGUCGUACAGAGAAAAUUUAAACCAUGCUAUUGGACGGAACCUUUUGGCCUAUGGACAUAUAAAAGAUAUUUUGGAAAUUUGUCUAGCAGGUCAUACGACAAAGCACGGCUUUCGGAUCGUUCUUUUGAAUUCAUUUCUGGAAACUCAUCUUUCACCAACCCAAAUCCCAACAUUAUUUGUUUCGGCAAUUCCAUUAAAAUCAGGCGAACCGCUUGUUAGCAAAGUCUUUUAUCCUGAUAGCAUUCGGGAGGACAAACAGGUAUAUUUAUCAGACUUACGAGAACAAUCAUGGUAUUAUAUUUGUAUUGAAUGGGAGAAUUUCAACAGAUACAGUGAAACGACCGGGAUGGAUUGCCGAUUGUUGCGAACUUUGGAUCGUUUUGGAAAAAGUGCGGACACAACAGUGGAGGAUGUUGAAGUAGUCGAGAUUACGGCAACCACAAUGCAAUUCAAAAUUCGCUCCAUUACCAAUUUUCCAAUGAGAACGAUCGCCACAUUGCAAGGCGGCAAUGUACCGCAGAUAGGCUCGCAAGUAUUUGAAUUUCGUGAAUCAUCCGAUCUUGACGUAUUAUUCUCCUUUCUAAAACACGAUACAGAAUAUGGGAAGUUAUGUAUUCGUGAGGAACCGCUUACCCGAGGCUAUACUUCUAUGGGUCGUUAUAUUUCCGGUAUGAGUAUCGAAAAGUGCUAUUUCGGGAAAUUGAAAACAAAAGAUUACGAACUAUCAACAUACGAUAUGGAAGCCAGUCCAUACAGAUUCGCUACUUCUUCCGCUCGCACAAUUUCCAUUAGUCACAGUGUCACUUCUUUACACUUUCUUAUCUUUAUAUUCUUAACAACAGUAAACUGCCCAUAA